CAUAACUGAACACAAAAAUCAAUAAAUUGUUUGUCACAAAAACAUUGCAUUCAAAACACUUAUAAUUUGUAAAUUGUUAUACAAUUUGGACAUUGAAUGCAAACACCCAUUGGUUUAUGUGAUUGUCAUUUAAUUAGCACUCAAUUUAUUGAUCCAUACAUUCAAUGCUCGCUUUGGUCUGACGUUUGGUUUUGAAGUAGUUUUUAAAUAUAUAUAUUUUUAAUUGUGUUAUAAUAUAAGGAAAACAAUAAGCAAUAUAUCGAUCGGCCGUCGGAUCACUUCCUCGUGAGCGAAGAGGACGCCAUCAAAAUGGUUGCCGGAAAUGAAGGGAUGGAGGGAUUGAUCCCAAUUGUGAACCGAUUGCAGGACGCCUUCGCACAAAUGGGUGUAAAUAUGGCAUUAGAUUUGCCACAAAUCGCUGUCGUUGGCGGACAAUCAGCGGGAAAGUCAUCGGUAUUGGAGAACUUCGUUGGCCGCGAUUUCCUGCCCCGCGGGUCCGGAAUUUGUGGCUUUCCUGGGGAACCCAUUUCGGCACAAAAUAAUAUCGAAGACAAUAAAAAGAUUUUCAAAUCUGGAGAUACAGUGAGCUAUCAAUGCGUCGACUUUUUAAGCUAUAAACAGGAAAGGGACGGAAUCGGAGACUCCGUUGACAAUAGAUGUGAUUCGUGUGGGAGUGGGAGAGGUCUACGGCAGUCCUGGAGAGCCGGCCUGUGGUGUACCGGAACUGCCGUAUUACACAAAUUCAACGCCGACCUCAAGAACUCAACUCAAAUGCUCUUCGGAUGCGCUCUGGAGAGGAAGUUAUCCCAAAUGCAAACCUAA